AAUGUGAUUGGCCUGGGUGUCCCUGGUUGUUGUAUGCAGCAAAGACCAGCAGGUGUUCUAGGUUUCAGAUCAUAACAUUUGAAGAUGAACACAAAUGUGCCCAAAACAGAGAGAACAAACUAGUCACUGCUAAAGUUAUUGCCAAAAGGUAUGAGCACUUCAUCUUAGCAAAUCCUUUGUGGAAGAUUGAUAGUAUGAAAUCCACAGUGAUGCAAGACAUGUUUGCUGAUGUGUCCAUUUCAAAGUGCAAGGCAGCAAAAAAACUUGUACUUGAUAAUCUGAUGAGUGGAAUGAAAAGUGAGUACAGCAAGGUCUUUGAUUAUCAGUUGGAACUGCUUAGGAGUAACCCUGGUAGUACCGUGGCUGUUUGCUUGGAUCCAAAAGAAAAGGAGGUGAACAUAUUUCAACAAUUCUAUGUAUGUUUCAAUGCAAUGAAGCAAGGUUUUAAAGCUGGAUGUAGGAGAGUGAUUGGGCUGGAUGGUUGUUUCUUUAAGGGGGCUUGCCAAGGUGAGCUGCUGGCUGCAAUAGCUAGGGAUGCAAACAACCAAAUGUAUCCAGUAGCUUGGGCUGUUGUGGAGAAGGAAACAAAUGAGAGCUGGGCCUGGUUCAUUGGGCUCUUAAUCAAAGACUUGGACAUUAAUGACCAAGGAACUGGAUGGGUCUUCAUUUCUGACAAGCAAAAGGUAAAUUUUAUUUGCUUCCUUUAUUUAGGUGUCACAAAGGUUCAGUCGAGUCGACGGAGCGACAAGUACUCAUGUUGUAGGAGCGACAAGUACCCAUGUUAUUUUUCUUAUUGCAAACCUUGAUCUCUAUUACAGGGCCUGAUUAACAGCAUGAGGGACUAUCUGCCAAGGGCAGAGCAUAGAAUGUGUGCUAGACACAUUUAUGCCAAUUGGAGAAAGAAGCACAAAGAUCAUCAAUUGCAGAAAAGGUUUUGGGCAAUUGCUAAGUCUGGAAACAGGGAAGAUUUUAACUACAACAAGGCCAAGCUUGCUCAGCUAACCCCAGAAGGUGCAAAAGAUAUCAUGAAGACAGACCCAAAGCAUUGGGCUAGGGCUUUCUUUCCUGUAGGUGCAAAAUGUGAGUCAGUUGACAACAACCUUUGUGAAUCAUUUAACAAUGCCAUCAUAGAAGCUAGGUUCUAUCCCAUUAUUUCACAGCAAGAGAAGAUUAGGAAAAAAAUGAUGGUUAGAAUUCAAGAACAGAAAACCAAGAGUGAGAAGUGGAAUGGCAUAAUUUGCCCAAACAUUUUCAAGAAGAUUAAGGCCGACAUCAAGAGAACUCAAUUCUUGGAAGUGCUCUGGAAUGGCAAAGAUGGUUUUGAGGUGAAGCAUUUGAAUAGCAGAGGCAAGAGGUACACAGUUAACCUUGACAAAAGGACUUGUUCAUGUGGUUAUUUUCAGCUUGUAGCCCUUCCGUGUUGUCAUGCAAUUGCUGCUAUCUAUAAGAGUGGAAGAAAAGUGGAGGAUUAUGUUGACAAGUGCUACCGCAUUGACACUUUCAAGAAAAUUUAUGAGCAUUGCCUGCAACCAGUUGAAGGAGAAGAAAGCUGGCCUGUGUCUCAAAACCCUAGGCCAGUAGCACCUGGCUACAUUGCCAUGCCAGGAGCAAGGAAAAAAAAUAAUGAUAGGAGGAGAGAAGAGGGGGAAGCACCAAAGGGCAAGAAACUGAGCAAGCAUGGCAUACAGAUCACUUGUGGAUCUUGUGGUGGACAAGGGCACAAUAAAACUUCUUGUAAGAAGAAUGGAGAUAACACCAAGAAAACAAAGUCAUAUAUUGGGAAGAGAGGGAGAAAAGUGAGGGCCACGGAGCAAGCACAGACUGAUGCAUCCACAAGCAGGGCUGCAGCAGCUAAAGCUUCAUCUACAACAAGCUCUCAAGCUGCACCCUCUCAAGCUACAAGAUCAAGAUUUAGACCACCUAGAAGUUCAGCAACAACAAACAAUGUUGAUCCUGGAGGAAGCACAACUGCAGGCAGAGUGAGAGGAAGUGGAGAAGGAACUGAGAGAGGGGGCAGCUCAGGAACUGGGUGGAUGGACUUUUUUACAGCCAGUGGGAAUUACUGAAACUAUCUUGCUGUUUUAUUCAUGGUGGAUGGAGUUGUCUGCUUUAACUAUACUUAAGUUGCCUUUUGGUUGGAUGUACUAGUUUCUAUUUAGUACUGUGUGAAUCACUGGUUAUGUGUGGUCAUGUGGUUGUGUACUGGUUAUGUGUGAACUA